AAUCUCAAGUUCCACGUAUAAGUAACACCUGGGUGGGAGAUGUUAGCAACCAGUUGUGGGCUUGAGGUGUCGGCGUCCAGGCAAAAGCUCCAGAGAGUGCACUCAUGCACUCUGGCAUGUAGUUUCCUGCCAAUUGGCCAGAGUGAGCUGGACCUCGAGACAAAAGAAAACUUCUACGACCAUGACCAUCACAACCUUGGCCACCACGACCAUCACAAUCUUCACCACCACGACCAUGGCAAUCACAACCUUGGCCACCACACCUUUGGCCAUAAUAAACUUGGCCACCAUAACCCUGGCCAAAACUUCUUUUGAGGACGAAGCCUUGUCCUCGACCAGGCCUUUCUUCAGAAUAGCUGCAGAACAAUGGGUGCCAUGGACCCGGAUCAUCACUCAAGACGACGGUAACAUCAGUAUCAGUGGACCUACAGCCAACCUCCUGCAGGUCCUGGCAGAGAAGCUAAAUUUUGACUACGAGCUGGUACGGCCACCUGAUGGGUACUGGGGCGCCGAGAAGGCAGACGGCUCCUGGUCGGGCAUGAUCGGCAUGUUACACAGGGAGGAGGUGGAGUUCGCUCUUGGCCCCUUCACUGUCACGCCCCAGAGAGAGUCAGUGAGCGAUUUCACAGUGGCUCUCCAGUACGACAAUAAAGCCAUAUUGAUGGUUCGACCUGGCUUGCAGAGUGACGUCUCGGGGUUCCCUGCAGAGGUGAGAAUCCUGUAG